AUGGACGUUGGCGAAAGUACCUCCAACGGUGUUCAUGUAGUGCUCCGUAUGCGCGGCACUACUCGUCGCAUUUUACGUUCACCUGAAAUCGGACUUAUUGUGCCCAAACCUGCUUCCACUAUCAGUGCCGCGACUUCUAAUCCCACAGCUAGGGGCGCUGGUGGCUACAUUCUCAUCGACCUCAACUGCACAAUUCAAUACUCGCAUGUACUCAAGAUUGACUCAAAUGUCCUUCAAAUUCUUCUUCAGAAACGGAAAAAAUACAAAAAUACGACAAUGAACCUGGGGUACAAAACAUUAGCCUACUGCAACAUCAGUCUCUCGCAAGUCCUACAACGGCGCAUUGAACAUCGCUUUCUGGAUAUGUAUCCCGAUCCUAAGUGCAUCGGCUCUCCAAUAGCUCGAAUGGAGGUAAACUGCAUAUGCACUGUGCCUUGGGAGCGCGAUCCAGUUAAUGCUGGACACAAAGGUGAGGUUGAGUCAGAUGGGUGCUUGGAUGACGGCUGUCUGCUUCCCGCGGACGUCUUCUUCGAUGACGAGUCAGAUAGCGAAGAUCAAGAAAUGGAAGAUGGAGUUGAAGAAGGCGAUGCAAGUCGUUGUGAUCGAGUUGUGUCUGCUCCCUCCGCGGCAUCUGCGAACGCCGAUCGUAGAGCUCAAAAGAAGGUUCUCAAGCCCAUGUCUGUUGGAGAUAUCGAUACGGGAACAACGUUGCAUUUAUGGGACGAAAUUGAUAAAAUGGAAGCAAUCAGUGACGUCGAGGACUCCGACUUGGAAACCGGUGGAACCGCCGAAUCGGGUUCCCUGCAGAGUGCUCCGCGACCCUCCAUCCGACCCUUCUUUGGGCACACAGGGAGUUCUGAGGAGACCCUCAGUCUGGAUGCCGGUGCCCGCCUUCUGCGUCGCCUACAGAAAGAAGCGUUGUUAGUCACUGGUCAGUCGUCAACUCCGUCAUCCCAAACCUGCCAGCAGCGUUCACCAAGGCCUGCCAUGUCAGCGGACUCCGAACCCCGCGCACAAAGCUCAAAUGGCGCCAGUGCCGCCGCCAAAUUCUCUCCGCGUUUCGGAUCAACAAAGAUGCGUCGCACCGCCCCCCUAAGUAAACGUCGACAGGCCUCACCAUCUACCAGUGUCUCAAAGGACUUGUUUUCUACUAAUGGUCACAGCGAAAACCAAAGCCAUCUCAAAAGCUCCGCGCGAUUCCAUCCCAUUAAUGCUGAUGACGACUUAUCAGAUUCCAAUGAAACUGGGGUGGAAUCGUCUUCACUUGUCAAUACUGAAAUUCCCUCACUCCCUGAUUCUCUUUGUGAUGUCCAGUUUAUCGUCAACACUUUGGAACCUGGUGGAAAGGUCGCAGCCGCAGCCCUCACACAAGCCGGUUGCUGUAAGCUCGCCCGUGUCUCGUCCUUCAACGAGGUGAAACAAGUGAUGAGCGGCCUUGUCUCGUGGGCCCAGUUGCAUCUUGAUAGGAGUCGGUGGGUCCGUUUCUGUGUUGUGGGCGGUGAUACCCUCAUAAGCGCCGUCCUCCGUGCCUACGUUGAACUCGUCGGCGCUCGUUCAGAAUCCGUUGCAGCAGCUUUCCGCUUCUUCCUAGUCCCCGUUUCCGGCCUCGUCGGGCGAAGCCACCGGCGUCGCUCCACCUCUACUACCCUCCCCCCCAUUUCCCAUUCAACCGAUCCCAUCCGACUGCCUUAUUCAGGCUCACCAUCUCUACUGCAAGAUUCUACCAUCCCGCUCUCCCUCUCGCCUCUCUCCAAUCUAAUUUCACAGCGUCUCUGUGGCCUGGAUGUGCGCUACGCUCUGCUCUUUAGAAGCCUAGCAGUUGUCGACGUUUCGCCUUCUAGUGUCGACCCACAGGAUACUGCACUGACUCCCGUAAGGGGAAAACAUGUGCCCUCCGAUUCUCCAUGCUCACCCGAUGAGUUUGUCAGGCGAGUUGUGCUUUACCUGACGAACGCUGAUAGCCUCCUUUCGCUGCCCAUCGGUGAGUGCCUGGUGGCGGGUGCAAGGAGCUUCACCACCAUCACCACCGGAGCCCCGUUCGGUGCUCCGUCAAACCAGGCCGCUUCAUCUUGUCUGCUUCCAGACUUCAAUCCACCCCUUCCCCUCGGUACUAAGAGCAUGGGCGGCAGUGGUAAUUUGGAGGAUGAAUCAGGCCAACAGACUCUGGUGCCGUUUUUGCUCUGCAUCAGCCUAGGCGGCGAGGCCAUCCUGCGAAGCUGCUUCUACCCCACGGAGGCGGGGGUGGGGGCGGUGCAGGGCCCAAUAUCGCCAGUGUCGACGUGUUUCGACGCCGGCGGCGGCGGCGGCGGUGACCACUCGCAGUCCUCCCACCCCCCGAGCGCACCGCACUCGGCCACUCGGCCACCUCUCGGAGGCCCUGAGAAGCCUACUUAUGAGCUUCAGUUGGAGUACUGGACGCUGAGUGGCGGGGCGUCGACGUCGUCUGCUUCGGUCGCGGGGCCAGCCUCGUUUCCAGGAGGCGCGGGUCAGGACGAGCGUGGUGGUGGCGCAGGCGGAGCGGACGGUGGCAGUGGAAGGGUCGCGGCUCGCCCCAUCACCUGCAAGGCCACCUGCAAAUCCAUGGUCGUCGCUCAGGCUAGCAGCCCUCUCACGGCAACUCCACAACAGCCCAAUGCAUGCAGUUUCCUUAGUCUCGCAUUGGUUACUCGCGAGAAAAAACCGAAAAUAAUGCGAAUUGGCAAAAAGACCGCCAAGGAGGUGGUCUUUAAGCCCGAGCUUACCGACGGCGUUACUCGGCUAAUCUGUACGUGCAAGGGCGUUAUUUAUCACACCCACGAGUGUGAGAGCGGCACUGCAGCCGCCACUCGAUUGGGCCACCCUGCGGCCGCCGAGGCAGCUCUCAGCGGCCCUAUGGUCGUCGUCGAGGGCUCCACUGCACGCCCUGACGCCUGCGUCCCCAGGUCCACCUCCCACUUCUCACCAAAGGAUGACCUUGGCUGUGGGCUGGUCACCACCCCCACCCCAAACGCAUCCGGUCAAACAGUCACCUCUGGAGAUCAAGUUUUUGUUCGAGUAUCAAUCGAUGGUGUGGACUGGCCGACUUCGCGUUUCUUCCAAGUGGCCCCAGGUUGGCGAACCCACGUUAAGACAUUUCCCUUGGUUUGCAUGAGCCCAUGCCCACCGGCGUCACCCCCCCUGGCCCAGGCCUUUGCCCUGCCCCUGGCUCAGGCCAUGCUCUCGACCGGUCACGUGCACCACCCGAUGACCGCGGUCGGCGUUGCCCCACCUGCGCCAUCGGCAGCCCCCUUCAAUCCUCCAUGA